AUGGUGAGGACCACCGCCGCGUUGGCCGCCAUAACCGGGACCGUGUUGGCCGGCGCUGCUCUGGACAAACGCUAUAGCAUACGCUCCGACAUUGGGCAAAUACGGUCCGCCCGCAAGCAAGCAAAGCACUGGGAACAGCUAUGCCAGGCCUUUGGGGAUGAUGACUGGUCGUUUUACCAUGUAUUGCACUUUACCUUCGGACAGAAUGAAUACGGUGAGGCUUUCCUCUUCGAAGACCGCUCAUGGACCUACGCAGAGACCCGAGCAGAGGUUGGACGACUUGCUCUUGCCUUCGAGAAGAUGGGCAUCCGCAAUCGAACUGUCGUGGCCAUGAUGAUUGACAACUCUCCUGAGUUCUAUUUUAUGUGGUGGGCAUUGUUUAAGAUCGGAGCAAUUCCUGCUCCGGUCAACACAGCAAUCACCCAGGAACCAUUUCGACACUGCGUCAAGAUCAGCGAUUCCGAGUUUCUGUUCUGCUCCUACGAGCUCUACCCUCGUGUUGCCGCAAGCAUGAAUCUUGAGCGGGUGGAUGGUGUGUUUCAAGGGCUACCAAAGCUCAAGGAGGUCUUCGUCUACGAUUACGGAGCAUAUCCGCCUUGUGCUCUUGCCGCUGAAGUUGGUGUAUUGAAGCAUAACGAUCUCGACCCCGUUCAUCCUGGCAUGGCGGAGUGGCCACCCGAGCGGCGUCCGAAAGUAGGCCAGGCGGAUACUUCACAGUAUCUCUUCACAAGUGGCACCACAGGCCUGCCCAAGGCUGCGACAUGGCCUACGGGAUAUUCACACAUGGCUGCUAGUCCUACCAGAUGGCCUUACAUGUUCGAGAAAAGAAGACGACUUUAUGCUUGCACGCCGCUAUUCCACGGUGGCGCAACAUAUGCCCUUCUACCCGCAACUGUACGAGCAGGUGGCACAAUCAUUCUCGCACGCAAGUUUUCCGUUCGCAACUUCUGGCAUGACGUCCGACGAACUAGAGCAAACAUGCUCUUCUACAUCGGCGAGAUGGUCCGAUAUCUCGUGCAGGCACCUCCAGAUCCAGUUCACCCAGAUGAAAAGAAGACCCACGGGAUGGAGAUCAUCUACGGCCUGGGUAUCGCAGCGCCAGUAUGGAAAGCAUUUCGACUUCGCUUUGGUGUGCCUUGGAUAACCGAAUACUAUUCGGCGACAGAAGGGACAUCUUCGAUCAACUACUCCAACCUUUCGAACAACGAGCCGGUUGGUAAAGUGGCACAUUGGGGACCAUUGAUGCGCAGCUCCUGGUUCGGUCAAGACACUUUCUACAUCAUCCGCAUCGACAUGGACUCCGGCGAAGUGAUACGGGACCCCAAGACUGGGCUAUGUAUUCAGGCGAAGUAUGGGGAGGUUGGAGAAGCUAUCAACAGAAUCAAGCCACCGAUGCAACGGAUACAUGACUACGUUGGUGAAGGCGGAGUCCAGGCGACUAACAAGAAGUUGCUCAAGGAUGUCUUUGCAAAGGGGGACACCUUUUGGAGAUUGGGUGAUGCUAUGUCAAUGGACAGCAAGGGGUUCGUCACCUUUGUUGAUCGCUUAGGAGAUACGUUCCGCGCGAAGGGCCAUAACAUUUCCACCACCGAAGUCGAGAUGGCCUUUCUCAACCACCCUCACAUCUCCUCCGCCAACGUGUACGCGAUACCCAUGAAUAAGUUCGGAUUGGACGGACAGAUGGGAUUGGCAGCUAUAACAUUGCAAAAGGGAGCUUCGCCGAAUGAUCCCGGUCAAAUCGAAAUUGACUCCAUACGAGGCUUGGAGCAGUACCUCACCCAAACGGCUGGACUGGCAAGCUACGCAGUGCCACGCUUUCUGCGAAUUCUGGUAGACGACGAUGGGAGUGACCCGCAAAAAAGAGAGCAGAUUGGAAUAAGUGACAGUGUGGGCAGUGAGUACGUCUCGUUGAUGCUGAAGAAGCUGAAGACUAGCUUGCGGAAAGAAGCAUUCUCGCCACCAGCGGAGAGCAGAGAUCGAAUGUACUGGAUCGAGAGGGAAGGGCAGGGCUAUGUGGCGUUGACAGACGAUGCUCGGCAGCAACUUCUCGGCGGCACAGCGAAGCUCUGA